CUCGUGCUGAACCGUCGUCAUCGCAGAGGUAGAAGUGAGGUAUUUCACUGAAACCUUCAUAUAGACAGAUGUUCUCCCUCUUCUCGCAGAGAACAGCUCGUACUGUCUAUUUGAUUACCUCACGAUCUGUAUCUGCUAAGGGCACAUCACGACUACAAACGCGAGAACAACUUCCUCGAUGUCCCAUACGUCUCACGAGCCACCAGUUCUCCUCUUCAUCGCCGCAACAUGCACGCUACAGUCGAUUCUCUAGCAGCUCGGAUGAACAAAAAUCUUGGAGUGUUUCUCUAGAAACUCGCCUCGCUGCGGUCGGUGCAGGUUGUGCCGGCCUGUAUAUUGUCUUUCAUCUGGAACGCGUCCCAGAGACGGGGAGAUUGCGAUUUAUGUCUGUCAGCCCUGAGUCUGAAAAAAAACUCGGAGAAAAGACCUACCAACAAGUCCUUGCUUCAUACAAGGGGCGCAUCCUCCCCUCAAACCAUCCCGUCACUCAGGAGAUUCAUGAGAUCACCACGCGGAUCCUAGAUGCGAACAACCUUGGCUAUGUGCGGUCUACUGGGCAAGAAUCUCCACAGUACCUGAAAUCAGCGCCCGUCGAGAUUUUCAGUCAGAUGGAAGACCUGUGGGAUCCUGACACAGAAAGAGAGAAAGGCUCAAGCUCUCAAGCAUUGACACAUAGGGAAUGGAAUUUGAUUGUUGUAGGCGACAACAAGAUUACCAACGCGAUGGCAUUUCCAGGAUCGAUUGUUGUGUUCACUGGGAUUCUUCCAGUUUGUGGCACCAAGGAUGGACUCGCUGCUGUGCUUGGCCACGAAAUUGGUCACGUAGUCGCUCGCCAUGUGGCUGAGAAGUACUCGUACGGACAGAUCGUUUUCGCCGCAGCCAUGCUUCUCGAUUUCUUGCAGAUCCCGCUCUCGUCAAUGCUCGUCACACUCCUCAUGGAGCUGCCACAUUCUCGAAAGCAGGAGCACGAAGCGGAUGCCAUUGGACUGAGAUUGAGCUCAAAAGCAUGCUUCGACCCUCGCGCAGCCCCAGAGUUUUUUGUUCGCAUUGAUCAAUUAGAGAAGAGCAGCAAAAACUUCUCUACAGAGUUUUUGUCCACACACCCGAUGUCACAAACACGAGUUCGAUCGCUCAUAGAGCAGCUCCCAAAUGCCUAUGCACUGCAAGCAGCAAGUUCAACAUGCGGCGAUCUUCAGGAUCAUAUACCCAACUUCAAAUCUGUGUCUUCGAAAUAUUAGACGGGCUGUGGAUCCUCAUCUGCCUUUCGGUGACAUGCAUGUAAUACCCCACCACUCAGCGAUCUACAGCAAUCUACUUGAUAUUGGAUUUC